UGAACACAACUGAUGACAGUUAGCUUGCAGCCCGUCCAGUAUAACAUUCAGUGAGAAAUUUUGUCCACCAAAGUAUUUAUUACAUAACAAUUUAAAAUGAAUACCCAAGUUAUUUAUACCAAAAUACCCACCGGUCUUCCCAACCCUUCAGAAACAUUCGAAAUUAAAAAGGUCGCCUUUGACCCAAAAAAUGUCGUCGUUCCGGAUGGCCACUUGUUGGUUAAGACCUUAUUCCUGAGUGUCGACCCUUACAUGAGGGCCAGGAUGCGCAAGCCCGAGGUCCAGUCAUACUUUCCAGCGGCGCAGGUGGGAAAAUCCUUCAUGGGGGGCGCCGUGGUGGAAGUGAUUCGUUCUGGGGAUUCAAAAUUUAAGGAUGGACAAGUUCUCGUGACGUUUUCGCCGUGGGAGGAGUACGUCGUGAUUCCAGCCGUUUCUCCGAUGGGCAACAUUGUGACAAUCCCUAAUCCAAGAGAGUCAAAGGUCCCACUCUCGUACUACUUGGGGGUUUUGGGAAUGCCGGGUUUGACAGCGUACAUCGGUUUGCACAAAUUCUGCGAGCCGUUGACCCCUGGUCAGACUUUGUACGUCUCGGCAGCUGCUGGAGCUGUUGGUCAAGUUGUUGGUCAAUAUGCAAAAGCUUUAGGACUCCGAGUUGUCGGAUCAGCGGGAUCGGACGACAAGGUUGCUUUCCUAAAAGAAAUGGGAUUUGACGAAGCCUUCAACUACAAGAAACAUCCCGAUUUUGUUUCAAUUCUGAAACAAACCUGUCCCAAGGGAAUUGACAUUUACUUUGAAAACGUGGGAGGCAAAAUGCUUGAAGCUGUAUUCGAGGUUGCAAAUGAUUUUUGCAGAAUCGCAGUCUGUGGAAUGAUUUCGCAAUACAACCGCACUGAAAAUCCUGAAGGGAUCCACAAUAUGUUUCAAAUAAUUUCCAAAAGGAUCAAGCUAAGUGGGUUUAUCGUCUCUGAUCAUGCUGCAGAGUGUGGGUCAAAGUGCAUCCCAACUUUUGCCAAAUUUCUGGCAGAAGGUAAAAUGCGGUACCGAGAAACAAUUGCCGUUGGAAUUGAAAAUACUCCUAAAGCUUUUGUGGACAUGUUGGAAGGAAAAAAUUUCGGCAAGGCAAUUGUGAAGGUGGCUGAUUUGUAAUUAAUAAGGAAUAAUUAUAUCUGUUAUUGAUCAGACAACCUAUAUUCGACAAAUUCACAAGUAAUUGGAAUCUAAAUAUGCACAAUAAAAUUAUUUUUGGGCUGUUGCACAUCUAUUA